AUGAGCCGACAUUAUAGUUAUUACAGGGAUUAUUAUGGAAGUUUCUUUAGAAGUACUCCUCCUGCUCCUCCCCGUUAUCAAAACAUUCAAAAUGACCGUGAAAACGAUUUAGUUGAACUUUUUGGAACUUUUGGGUCAAUACAAACAUGGAAUGGUUAUCCCCUUUUAUUCAUAAUGGUUUGCAACAUCGAUUACAAAUCUAACUCUAAGGACUCAGGCACCGGUAAAGUUUUGGAACAAUUAGCAGAAAUUCAAGAAUUAAUCGAAAAAAUAGACAAACAUGGCGGUGCUAGUCCGAGUAAGCUUGAGUCAAUUAAAGAAAUUCUCAACGAAUACAAAAAUUUACGAUUGUUUCAUGAAGAAAAAAAAAUGAGUCAAUUAAUUGACAGGAUUGGAGAGGAGCUUCGUCCUCGUUACAUAAAAAAUCUUAAAGAAUUUCUCAAGCAAUUACAAAAUGUGACUUUUCAACAAAGAUUAAUAUUACGUGAAAUUUGCGUUAACAGAAUUGCAUCAUUCUCAGAUUUCGCAGAUUAUAUUAAUUAUUUCAGAGAUAAUCGAUUUCAGCAAUCUUUAGACAAACUUAUAACAGGAGAAAAGAAUGACCGAAUUUCAAAAGCACGAAAUAUUUCCGGAUCAGCAGAAUAUGAUGAAUUUAAACAAUCAAGUCGUCAAAUCGAAAAAUCUUACAAUAAAACAUCCAAUGUAAAUAACGAAACAGCAAAACUUUUAGAAGAAAACAAAAAAUUGAAACUCGAAGCAGCAAGGCACCAAGCAGCAUUGGGUAAUGUCGUGAAUUUUAGAUGGCGUGAUGACGAUCCUAAUAACUCUAUGCAAUUAAUUAAAGAUAUUGAAAAACUUCAGCGUGACUUACAAUCCUUUACCGGAGUCAAAGGAACACAGAUCAAUCAAGAAGCAGCUUCUGAACUCUUUAAAAAAUACAAUUGUUCAACAAAAUUUGAAGAUAAAGCAAUGAAAGUUGUUUUAGCUGCCGUCCUACAAAGACGGGUUCUUGAUCUUAUAUAUGAUAUCUCAGAAAAUUUUAAGAGACAAAUUCAACCUACAAAUAUAAAUUUAGAAGAUGACCAACUUGAGGCGGGCAUUUGUUCUAGGACAUCAGAACUAGUUCCAAUGAUAACUCGUUUUUCAGAAGUUAAUCCAGGAAAUGAUGAACACACUCGCGUUCUCCCUAUAAAAUUACGACAACAAAUAUAUGCAGCACUUUCUAAUAGAGGAUUUAUCAAUCAAAAAGAUCAUUCACUUGUUCAACAAACGCUUGAAAAUCUUAUAAAAGAAAUGGAAUGUUACAGAAAAAUAGAAUCCAAAGAUAAAAAUAAACAACUUGUCGUAAAAGCAACUUCGAUAAUUCAACAAGUUUUAAAUAUAUUUUGCUUUCGAUUAAAUACUCAAGAACCAAUACCUAAUAUUCGGUUUUAUGAAAGUGGUGAACCCAUUGAUAUUGAACUUAUGGAUGGUAUUUGGCAAGGUGACGUUAAAGAUUUUGAAGUUGAAAUUUGCUCAUUUCCAGCUAUAGUAAUUGAAUGUGAAAAAAGGACUCGAUCUACUUAUAAUAUUAGGAACAGAAACAAAUCCAUCAUGAUUAAUGAAAAUAAUCAAAGUGAUAAAGUACUUUGGCCUUGUUAUAAAAAUAAAGUUUGGACUCGCGUGCAAAAAAAUUUUUCCAAUGAACGAAAACGCCCUAAAUGUGAAAAUGUACAAGAAUUUUCGUUUCCUAAAAGAGUUAAAGGUGAACUAAAAGAUCAAAAAUCUGAAAUAGGUCCAUCUUAUAAAUUUGAAAAUCAAUACAUCCCUCCUCUUGGAUUUCAGCAACAUAUUUAUUUUGAUAAUAACAUUAACGAGGGUAAUCUUAAUCAAGCUAAAAACCUUUUACUUGCAGGAAGAGUGAAAAAAACUGAUAUGCAAAAUCAGAUGUCUUUGAGAUCUAAUUACAACAAUAGAACACAGAAAACACAAGAUAUACCUAAUAUGGAAAGUCGGCGAUUUUUAGAACACAAGGAGAGAAAUGAAAUGGAUCUCAAAUCUGAUGAUUUCAUCAUUAAAAAUUCUAUAUCCAGCCAUUCUCUAAAUAAAAAGAAAACCAAUAAGAAGAAUACAACCUACAAAAAUGGAUAUUGUGUAAACCAUUCUUUUAAGAAGAAAGUACAACAUGCAUGGGGAAUUGAAUCUGAUGAGCCAUCAACUAUUAUUGUCAGAUAUAGUAAGAAAUAUAGUGUUAAAAAGAAAAGUGAUAAUUCAAGUAGUUGUUCCUUGAACAGUAAAGAGUUUAAUCCAUGGGAACCCUGGGCUAACCAACAAGAAUUUGAGUUAGCUUUGAAUAAGAUUGAUCGUUAUUAUCAGGCAAGCAACCUAAUAGACAAUGAAAUACUUUUAGACUCUUAA